AACGUUCUUAAGUAACGGCGCUUUUGCUUCGGAGAAUCGAAUUACAAAAAAAAGAAAAGUUUCCAAGAAGUUAGCUUAGUUAGCUUAGCGCUUGUAAAAUUUUAAUGCAAUUUUCCGUGGUUCCCCAUCAACUAAAUUUCAUUUGCAAUAAUGCAAGCAAGCAAUAUGGACCUAAUCGGGGUUGACUUGCAUUUGUCCAGAAUGGCCCAACUGGUUGAGUCACAACGCAAAAACGCAAACAUCUCAUUAAAUAUGACCUGCGAGGCGGAAUCGGUUUUAAAACAAUUAAGAAUCAAGAGGCUUGUAAAUAGUCUGGACGAUUAUGAGCCAAGUAAGGAGAUGCUCGAUUCGCUGAAAUUGAAUUUCACACAUGAAAGUCUGAUCGUGCAGAAUCCAAUAUUUGCUGAUUACUUGGUCACACAGCAAUUGGAAUUCUAUAAUGCUUGCACGGUGAUGAAAACUUUGCUCACCAUCGAGGAUAUAUCCAAAAUGAAGCUAUAUGCACCGCUCGUUGAAUCGAAUGUAGUCAUUCAUAAGGUUUCGCGACGUUGCUAUUCCUUUGAACUGAAAAACUAUGACAAAUCCAUAAAUUUGGAGGAUUUGAUCACAUCGAAAAUGGAUGAAGUGGUUAUUAUACCUAAAUGUAGUCUAUUGGUUUCACCAUUGCCACCGUCAAUUCUGUGCUUGCUGCCCCACUGUCACGAGGGCUUGGGCAGAAAAGAUCCGAAUCGUCGUUCUGUAGCCGGGGUGGAGCAGGUGACUGGCUCAAAAAUAGAUAUAGUUUUUCAAAAAACUUCGUGUCCACGAGAAGAAGAGUUUCUGGGAAAGUCUUUUACCAUUAUUAUACGCUCCAAACGCACGCCCUUUCGUCUAAUGUAUCGGGCAUUGGAAAUCCUACAGGAAAGUCCUUUGGUUCGUCGCUAUUUGUUUCCUUUUCCUGGUUGGUUGAAUGACAUCUCAGCUCGUCCGGAGAAUUCUCUACCCACUUGGAUGCGUUCUAACCCAGGGGCAGAGCCUCUGGCGGCAUUGGCUCCUUUGUGUCUCAUCAACGAGACAAUAGCAUCUAAUCCUGAGCAAUUGCAGGCAAUUGGACGUAUUUUGGCUGGACCCAGUCUAAAAGCUCCCUUUAUAGUGUUCGGACCGCCAGGUACUGGAAAGACCACAACAAUAGUCGAAGCUAUUCUACAAUUGCGUCUUGCGCAACCAUCUUGUAAAAUCCUUGUGACCGCCGGCUCCAAUUCGGCUUGUGACACCAUUGCCCAAAGAUUGUGCGAGUAUUUUGAAAGUAAUGAUCGUCUAAAGGAAUACUUGAUUCCCGAAACCCAAAUGCCUUCCCAACCAAUGGCCAAGAGUAAUGUCAAAGUGCUCCAGGCAGUGCCUAGACGUCGUUUACCCAAAGGUCUGCUACGAUUGUUUUCGCGCUCCAUUUGCGACAAGGGAUUGAACACGGUGUCGCCCAUGUUACGCAGAUAUUCAAAUUGCUGGAUGGGCCACUAUAUGCAUAUGAAAGUGAAGGAAAUCCAAGGUUAUGAUAUUGUAGUGGCUACCUUAUGCACGGUCGGACGCCUGGCUACCGAAUAUCCUUGUUUUACUCACAUAUUUAUCGAUGAGGCUGGAGCCAGCACCGAACCGGAAGCUCUUAUUGGUAUUAUGGGCAUAAGGCAUCGCAAGGAUUGUCAUGUGAUCCUCUCCGGUGAUCACAAGCAAUUGGGCGCAGUGCUUGAAAAUAAAGCAGCCGAUAAUCUGGGUCUAGGACGUUCACUUAUGGAGCGUCUUCUAUCCACAGAGUACUAUAAAGUCGACGAUAAUGGCAACUAUGAUCGCUCCCUGCAGGCCCGACUCCGCCGUAACUAUCGCUCUCAUCCGGAAAUUGUACGUCUCUAUAAUACACUCUACUACAAUGGUGAAUUAUUGGCUCAUGCCCAACUAAAGCAUGUGAACCAUUUGGCCAAUUGGAAUCUCCUGCCAAAUCCAGAGUUUCCAAUCAUUUUUCAAGCCACGCAUGGCAAAAUGCUUAAGGACAAGGAAUCGUCCAGUUCAUACAAUGAUUUGGAAAUAGAAGUUGUCUGCUGGUAUGUGCGUCGUCUUCUAGAACGUGGCGGUGGCUUGGAAGUCGAGCAGACUGAUAUUGGCAUUGUGGCUCCCUAUUUAGCUCAGGGACGAGUGCUGAGCAAACGCUUAAAGCGUCAAGGUCACGGACAGGUGGAGGUUGGCACCGUUGAGAGCUACCAGGGGCGGGAGAAACCCAUCAUAAUUGUCACAUUGGUGCGCUCUUUCAAAUCUAUUGGUUUCAUGCAGAAUCCGCGACGCAUCAAUGUAUUUCUAUCGCGUGCCAAAUCUUUGCUUAUACUCGUUGGCAACCCGGUGACUCUACGUCACAAUGAGGACUUUAAUUACCUCAUAAAUGAGUGCAAACGGCAUGGUACUUAUCUAUUCAAGAAGAAGGAUCCUUUGGUCAGGCCAUGCUUUCUACCGGAUACGGUUGACGAAGAUGACAAUGAUGAUGAAUUAAUCAACAAAAUGUUAAAUGUUACCAUCAACAAGUCCGACGGUUGCCAAGUGAAUUAGUGCUAAAAAUUUCUGAAAUUUUUGCGCCAUAAUAUUAAACUUUAAGAUAUUAAAAUGUAAUUGAAUUGUG